GUAGUAGGAUGCCACGCGGUCGGAGAACCACGUCAGAUGGCCAGGGUCGGGAAGAACAUGGAAAAUCGAUAUGAUCGAUGGAGGACGCGCCGAAAAGAAAGGUGAUGAGAGACAUUGCUGCAGCGCGGCCGAGGACACAGGGAUGCAGGAGGGAGGGAGGGAGGGAGGCAGGACUAGACAUUCCGAGAGAGCAUAGAGACGUCUGGGCUGCUGUCUUGUCUCAGGAACACGCUGAAUGAUGAUGAGGAUGAUUUUUCGAAAGCACGAUAUUCUCGAGAGCCUCACGAACGGGGGACUAUAAUUGCACCCGUCCGCAAUCCGCAAUGCAUGUCGUCUAGUGGUCGCACAUCGAGUAUAAGCGACACCAAAAUCAAUUCCGGCAUUAUCAUAGUCGUUCGAGGGCUAGAUAUUGGAACUGGUGACAGAAGUUUGCAGAAGGGCUUUGACAUUGGAGGUUUUGCAAAUUCGGAACAAAUUCGGAAUAGAAACAGAUAUCUAGUGACUUCGUUUUCUGUUGUAAUGUUGUAUGUUCUCCUAGCGAUAGCAAGUUGUGCAUUGAAAGUUGAGAUGGCAGGGGAAUCCGUUUAACGGAAGUAGUUUCAGAAAUACGCUGGAAAUUUUAGAACCUUCGAAAGGAAGAUAAACCUUGCAUUGGUACUCUGGUGCUCAUGGCGAGGAACUCGUCUAGGAAGAAGAGGAGAAAAUCGAGGGAGUUGAAUGCUAAAGCAACGUCCUCAUCCGAUAGCGAGGGAGGAUCGGAGGAUGAUCAUGAAGAAGAGGACAGGAAUGAACGGCGUUGGCAGACCAGGAAGUCUGUUAUUGACAGUAAAGCGAAGGGGAAAGAGGUAGUGAAAGAUGAAGAUGAAGAAAGCAGGAGUGCAAGCGGGGGAGUUGUAGAAGAGCAAAAGGGUGAUUCUCAGAAGGAGGCCGAUCAGGUUUGUGGGAUAUGUUUAAGUGAAGGUGGAAUUGAGAGGGGAAAGUUAGAUUGCUGCGAUCAUUUCUUCUGUUUCAACUGCAUUAUGGAAUGGGCGAAAGUAGAGUCUCGAUGUCCCAUGUGCAAGCAACGGUUUGUCACUGUCAUGAGACCUGCCGCUUCCGGUGUGGCUCGCAGCCGGAACAGAACAUUUCGUAUUCCUACUCGAGAUCAAGUAUACGAGCCUUCAGAAGAAGAGAUCCGCCUUUUCACUGAUCCGUACCAGAACACAGUUUGUAUUGAGUGUCAGGAAGCAGGAGACGAAGGCUUAUUGCUUCUGUGUGAUCGGUGUGAUGCUGCAGCGCAUACUUACUGUGUGGGUCUUGGUCGUUCUGUUCCCCGGGGUGAUUGGUUCUGUCAAGAAUGUCUGAAUGGUCUUGCAGGUUCCAGCGAAGAUGAAGAGGAAGUGAGAUAUUUAGUGCAAGACGGAGAGGAUCCUUGUGGGACUAACUCAGCUUGGGAUUUGGCUGUGCUAGUGACGGAUAUAAACGCAGAACGAAAUGCAAGAUCCAGACGUUUAGCCACUUCCAAUCAAGGUGCACGACCAGUGAGAAGAAGUACUCGGCGUAUGGAAAGGGGCCCCAGGGCCACCACCAACUUGUUGGAAAGUUCCUCCACUGAUUCUAGAAGCGGAUUUUUACCAUCUCUACUGGAGCAUUAUGGAGUGGCCAGAACACUUUUCCGGCAGCGUCAGGUGCAAGCAACCGUGCACAACAGGUUACAAAACAUGCGUGAUAACUGGAAUAGAUUUCGGACUGGAGAAACUCAAUUCUCUGGACAAGCAGCUCAUGAAUCCAGAAAUUCUAACUUUUUCAGAACAGGUCCAGAUGUAUCAUCUGUUCCAUCUUCCUCCUUGUCAGGCACACUAGGACUUGGGACGAGAAAUAUAGUAGCUCCCGGGAUUGGCCGUGGGGAUGGUCCAAGCGUACCUCAUCCAAGACCUGAGCCGCGAUCAGCUGAGCAGGUUGAGGUUGAUCGAGCAUGGGCUAUGAUGGAUCAAGCAAGAAGAUUAGAGGUGAGGUCUGCUGCUAACGGCAAUCAAUCUGCGACUGCAUCUUCCCGAGGAGGGAUAGCAACCGAAAGAUUUAGUAGGGAAGCAAAGUCACAAGAAGUUGCAGUGCCGAGAACUAGAGAGAUACAAGCUCAGGAGGCUGUUCUUCCAGGAGCUACGAGUUCAAGUGGAGGGCAAGAGGUCUUUUUGAAUACGCGGAGUGCAAAUUUAAACAGGGAAGUCGAGACGAAGGAGAGUACUGCACCUCCUAUGAGUGCUAGAGAGGACAAUCCACUUCAUAGUAGCAGUAGGCGCGAGGUUUCGAGCAGCCGAGGGGGUUAUCAUCUCAGAGAAAGCAGUCAGGUUGCAAGAAACACCGCUAAAGACAAUAGUGCUCCUGAUAGUAGUUCGAGGCGUCUUAGCCUGAGAGAGAAUAGAGUGGACCCUGAAGCUUUGCAAGUUCGAAGUGUUCUUGAUGACAAAGACAACUCAAGGGGUUCUUCAGGGCGGUCCACUAGGAUGAAAGAUCCCAACAAGGACUCGAAAGAUAGUACGGCUCUCCAAGUGUUGAGCUUAUUCGAUGACAAAGACAAUUCAAGGGGCUCUGGUCCUUCUACAAGGAGGAGAGAAUCCAACAGAGAGUCAAAAGACAGUACAAGUUCGCAAAUAUUAAGCACAUCUCGGACAAGAGCAGCAAAAGCAAUCAUACGUUGCCCAGAGAGAGACGAAGAGGUGAAACUACUCAAAGAACAAUGCUUCAACUUAGUCAACAUGGCGUUAAAACCUUUUUUCGACAAAGGCAAGAUUGAUAAGAAGCAGUACAAGGAAAUUGCCAGGCUGGCAACACACGCGAUACUGGCUUCUCUUGAUGGUCCUGAGUCGAAGAAUGGCACAAAUGUGUCUCUUGGAACUGUCAUAUGUGACCACGAGGGACUCACUUCUUCUGAUUUAAUCCCGGGAUGCUGCGAGUCAUGUGUUCUGCGACACGUAAGGAAAUUUGUGAAGAAAAUAGUUAAGGAAAAGGUAGAUUGUUAGGCUUUUGUAAAGUAGGAUCUGACCAGUUCAGUACACAUUCAUUAGCAAGAGACGUCAAUGUUAAAGAGGAGGGAGGCAUCGACUUCCUUAAGGGUGGGCCUGAUGAAAAGUAUACUAGAUGAGCUUCAGAAAAGCGACAGCUCAUAUCUUCAAUCCAACCCAAUAUCAUUAUAGAGAUAGCACACUCUUUUUUCUUCACAGUUUUAGAGAAAUUGCCACACGGGAAUUUGAGGACAGACAAAAGCUUCUAAUUCCUAUUUUUUAUGAAGCUUUUUACAAUUUCAAAGUGUGGACUUUUUUGCCCUGGUUUCAAAUACAUCAAGUGCACAAUUUUGAAUGUUUCACACAGUCAGGC